AUGAUGGCACGGGCACGCCUCCUGAAGAGCCAGCAGGCCCAGCAGGACACGCCGCUCGCAUGCCUGCAGCAGCAGGCCCGGAACUUCCAGGACGUGGCGAAGGCCGCCACAGCCGCCGAGGAAGCGCCACGGCGGCAGCUCUGCGACGUAAGGAUUCCCUGGACAGCGAGGUGUCAGAGCCCUGCCGCUUCGACGGCGAAGAUGACGACGAGGAGGAGGAACGGGGCGAAGUGCCUGCGAAGCGGGGUGUCAACGGUGGAUUCCGAUGGCCUCGCAACGAACGGCCCCAACGUCGAUCCCUCAGAAUGGCUGGGCACCCUCGGGAAGGUGGAGGAGAUCCUGUGCAACAAGCUCGCAAAGAAAUACGAGUUCCGCAGAGGCAAGGACCCCUGCAUGUACCGGUGUGGGUGCACUGGCCUUGUGCUAGUGCACCACGUGGACGGCAUCCGCGUGGCAGGUGCCAGAGAUUUCUUCUUUGACUGCCCUAGAGCCUCGUAA